CAUGUUUGUCAGCUGAUCAGCCGUCCGCACGUGCACCCGCAUGUCGCUGCCAUCCAUGGAUCUGAUCAUUCCAUGUCACGUGACGAUGCAUCAACCGGUGAUGAUGGCGAUGAUGAAGAAUUGGACUUACUUCCUGGCACUUCCGUCUGAUGGAUGCUGACAGCUGGAGGCGGGAUGUUGCCUCACCGACACUCAGCACAACCGUGCGUCGUGCACGCGCGCCAGACGCCAGGACCGAACCACCGAGAGUGGGGGGGGGGGGGGUGGCGUAAAGACGAAAAUGUACCGGAAGUGUGGUGAUGUGCACGCAAGUCCAAGCUGGUUUUCGUUCUUCUUCCUGAUCUUACUACCCGAUCUUCGCCCGUCCUGGUCUUGCUUGGAACCGCUAGCGUCACGUGGGUGUUGCAGUAGCAGCACUGUGCGGCCAGGGAGCGCUGUUGGCGCCGCGCGAUGACGUCACAGCAGGAAGCAGGAAGUGGUCUGUGGCGGCCUGACGCGAGGAGGGCGGGGCUGAGGCAAGCUGAGACGAGCAGGUCGGAGUGGGCGGGGCCAAAAGAAAGGAACCUGUUCCAGUGAGUUUGGACUCACCCUUCAGGAACACACAGAACCAACUCGGCAUGUUUCCACUGGUACUUCCUCUCGGACCGCCAUGACAGGAAGCUGAUGAUCAGCGCCGACCUUCCACCUGUCCAUCAAGCUGAGUGGCGUUUUCACCAUGGCAAAGACGUCCGCCUUACUUGGCAGAGGUUUGGGUCUGGUCCUGGUGGAGUUUCAGUAUGAGUACCAGGGUCGGGACGGGUCGCUGAUCUCCAUCAAACCUAACGAACGCUACGUCCUGCUGGCCAAGACCAACGAGCACUGGUGGCAGGUCCGAAGCGACCACGCCGCCAAGCCCUUCUACAUCCCCGCCAAGUACGUCAAGGAGCUGCCGCUGGACUUUCCUUCGCCUCUCAACUUUGCCGACCCGCCCGCUUCUGACCCCGCACCGAUCCCUGCGGUGGUGCCGGUUCCCGUUCCCGUCCCUGUUCCGAAGGUGCUGGAGGAGCCUGCCGGGACCAGAACCAAGCCCAGUGAUGAGGUGACAAUUCGGCUCAAACCGGAGACCUCGGGUGGAUACCGGAAGACUGAGAACCGCAUGUCCACAUUUGGCGUUCCGCUGGACUUCCAUGAACCCUCGUUGCCGCGGUAUUCUAGCAUCCCUCUCGGUCCUGAAACCGGUCCUGAGACCCCGGGCAAAAAAACUCUUGAUGACCAGAGAGACACUGGGAAGUCUCGCGUUCCGAGCUUCAGCCCAGCCGACCCCGCGCUCACAGCCCGACUCCACGUGCACCCCAUCCCCGUGGAGACGCCUGUGGUCCCCGAGGCGCCUGCCCACAACGACCUUCAGGGUGCGGGAGACCAGGAGGCCUCCAUGGUGGAGGAGGAGGUCGCAGGGGAGGAGUCCAGCAGCCCAGAGAGCAUCCAGGAGGAGGAGCACCCCAGGGGGGUCCAUGAGGAGGAGUCCAACCACAUCUACGAGUCUAUCCAAGACCUCAACCUGGACCUGGCGGUCAUCAACAGACCGGAGAGUCCUGGUCCUGGACCUCCCACCAUCGAGGCUCCGCCUACCUACGCCCCUCUGCCGCUGCCUGACUCCACCCCAUCCGCCACAGACCACACCCCCUCCGUCCCUCAUGCGACGAGCCCCGCCUCCCCCCUCAGCCCUCAGGAUGGGUGGCAGGUGCACACGGACCAGGAUAGCGGCAAAGUCUUUUACUUCCAUCCCCUCACCCGCCAGACCACCUGGUCCGACCCGCACGGGCCCCAGCCCCCCUCGCCCGCGGACCGGGAGCCCCCCGCCCCCUCUCAGGUAGGACAGGUAGGACAGAAGGAGGGACAUGUGGAAGUCGGCAUCUUGUCCCACAAGGCCAGCUGCGGCCCCCCUUGGGAGCGGCUGCGGGACCCCGCCUCAGGACGGGUCUAUUACUACGACCCCACGUCGGGGGCCACGUCCUGGACCGCCCCCCCGCCGUCCUCUCCACUGGGACCCGACGAUGACGAUGACGGCCCGCCCCCCCUGCCAGAAGAAGAUUAUCCUGUGGACUCGCCCGAUGACACCGUGUUCACUACGCCCCCCCAGGCCAGGCAGCAGAUGAUUCCCAGAGCGCAUGUGGAUUUGAGGGAUGGCGUGAGCCCCCAGUGGGGGGUGGGGAAUGGCGUGAUGGAGGACAGAGGCUGGAGACACAGCGUGGCUGAGGACAUGCUGCUUUCCCGCCACCUGAGGAACACGUCUGACACCAGCGAGGCCAGCAGAGGCUCUCCAGACAGUCCACAGGUCUUCCUCAGGAGGAACCUGUCCAAUCGCAGCACAGACUCCCAGCAGGGACACCUGCUGGAGAAAGCGGGAAUCGUCAACAAGACCAAAGUAGUGGACAACGGCAAGAAGAUCCGGAAGAACUGGAGUCAGUCCUGGACCGUCCUCCACGGGGGAAUCCUCACCUUCCACAGGGACCCCAAGUCUGCCCCCAGCGGGAACAUGGCCAAAGCCUCGCAAAUCGUUCCGGAGUACACGGUGGAGCUGAGAGGAGCCUCCAUCGGCUGGGCCUCCAAGGACAAGUCCUCCAAGAAGAACGUGCUGGAGCUGAGGACCCGUCAAGGUUGUGAGUACCUGAUGCAGUACGACACGGAGAGCAUCAUCAGUGAUUGGCUGAAGGUCAUACAGGACACAAUCAGACAGCUGGAACAGGAACACGUGUCAGACGACGAGGAAGACGCGUCCUCGGACAAGGAGGACAGAGAGCGGAAGAGGACGACCACCAGGAGCUCCUCGGGCGCCGCCGACUCGGAGCAGACACGCGUUCGUACCAAACUGCGUCGCUUCCUGCAGCGCAGACCCACGCUGCAGAGCGUCAAGGAGAAAGGCUACAUACGAGAUAACGUCUUUGGCUGCCAUCUUGACACGCUGUGUCACCGGGAGAACACCACCACGCCCAAAUUCAUGGAGAAAUGCAUCCGAGCCGUGGACAGGAGAGGCCUUGACGUGGACGGGAUCUACCGAGUGAGCGGAAACCUGGCUGUGAUCCAGAAGCUGCGUCACAAAGCGGAUCACGAGGAGCACCUGGACCUGGAGGACGGCCAGUGGGAGGACAUCCACGUGAUCACCGGAGCCCUCAAGCUCUUCCUCAGGGAGCUUCCCGAGCCGCUCUUCCCCUUCAGCUUCUUCGACAAGUUCAUCGCCGCCAUCCGUCAGCGUGCACGCCCUCGCCACACACGGUCACGGUCACGUGCACAUGACCUCAGCUGUCCGUCUUGUGUCCCAGCAGAAGUUCCAGACUACAGCCUGAGGGUGUCCUACAUGACGGACCUGGUGCGCUCGCUGCCGCUGCCCAACCACGACACCAUGGAGAUGCUCUUCAAACAUCUGCGCAGGGUGGUCGAGCACAAAGACUCCAACAGGAUGUCGGUGCAGAGCGUCGCCAUCGUGUUUGGACCCACUUUGCUCCGCCCCCAGAUGGAGUCGGCCAACAUGACGAUCCACAUGGUCUUCCAGAGCCAGAUCGUGGAGCUGAUGCUCAACGAGUUCCACAACGUCUUCGUGCAAAGGUAGCGCUGCCAGACGCAGAUGCAGCUGCCACGGAACCUUCCAGAACCCUCAAAGAACGCCGUGACAGGUGCUCGCGUGAACGGACGCAGUCGGAACAUCCGGGAGUUCUAAGAUGGAGCCACUGGGAACGCUGGCGCCCGCCCAACGCAGUGACUUGCCUUUUUGUUUAGGACCCAAACCAGCUGGGACCUCACAGGACCUCACCACUUCAAGCGGUGCAGCUGGACCCUUCUAGAACUGGACUGGAUGUGAUCUUCAAGUGCACCUUCUGAACAAAAACAUCAGAACCUCAUAGAACCACUCUGGGAACACGCUUGGCCGCUGCUUCAGGAACUGAAGCUUCAGGAACUGAAGAGGAGCUGGAAGAGGAACGGCUGAGUCCAAAGGACUCGUAUGAAAUGCACACGUUAUUACACGGCUAGUGACAAGACAGCUGACACUUUGAUUGAUUGGGCAAUGGUCGUGGAGAGAAAACAUUAAAA